AUGUCUGGCCAGGGAGGUGGCAAGAAGCAGCCCCUGAAGCAGGCCAAGGAGAGGGACGAGAAAGACAUGGCAUUCAAGCAGAAACAGAAAGAGGAGCAGAAGAAACUCGAGAAACUAAAAGCGAAGUCUGUGGAGAAGGGCCCCCUGGCCACAAGUGGAAUUAAGGAAUCUGGCAAAAAGUAA